UAUAAAACUGCAGCUGCCGGAGAAACAGCAAGUCAAACCGCCUCGCAGAUCCAUCAGGGUUAGGUGUCGAUAGAUAAUCAAACAACACCAAGCACUUCGGUGAAUAAAGUGAAAUCCGUCGUAUUUAUUUUCGCUUUUCUUCUAAACGCGACAAGAAGUUAUCAGGAAGUUGAGAAAAUGCCGGAGAAGCAAGUGGCACCUGUUAUUAAUAACCUGGAAGGUUUCGAGGAGAAUUUACCCGGUUAUCUAAGUUCUGAAUAUCCGGUUGCCGUACUCUUGGAUUACGAUGGCACCCUGGCUCCAAUUGCGGAUAAUCCCGCCAAAACAAAGAUGCCUGUGGAACUGGAAGCCAUACUGCAUAAGAUAGCUAAGCAUCCCAAAGUAUUCCUAGCUGUGAUCUCAGGUCGAGGUCUCAAAGAUGUCCAGAAACAGGUCAGCAUCGAUGGAACUACUUAUGCAGGAAAUCAUGGACUGGAAAUUGAGUAUCCCGAUGGCUCUAGACAUGAUUACGAACUGCCCAAAGAGAUUCAGAAAAACUACACAGAUAUGGUUCAGGAACUGAAGGAAAAGGUGGAAAGGAAUGGAGCUUGGGUGGAGGAUAAGAAGGUUUCGCUCACCUAUCACUACAGAGAUACUCCUGUUGAACUGAAGGACCAGCAAAAGCAGUUGGCUUCGGAGAUUUGCAAAAAGUAUGGUUUUAGAGCGAAUCAGGCCCAUGAAGCCAUCGAAGCUAAGCCACCAGUAAAUUGGAAUAAAGGAGAGGCUGCCUUGUAUAUCCUGAAGCAAAAAUUCGGCGAUAAUUGGUCGCAGGAAGUGAGUGUUGUCUUUGCUGGAGAUGACACCACCGAUGAAGAUGCCAUGAGGGUCCUUAGAGGCUUGGGCCGCUCAUUUAGAAUUUCUGCAGAUCCUCAGAUUCAGACUUUUGCGGAUUUCCGAUUGCCAACACAGGCUGUAAUGACGGAUCUUCUAAAAUGGAUCGCUGAUGUUUAUGUUUCCUAGAUGUAAUAGAUUCUUUUAGAUGAAAUGUUUUCCGUAGAAUACACAACUUUUUUGACUUAUUCAAAUAAUAGAUCAUUUUUUAUGAAUAAGUAAAUAAAUAAGCAAUACUGAAAAUAAAUGUAUCAGAUAUUAAAUAAAUAUA